UCACGACGUGCCUGCAAAAAAUAGUUCAGUACGUCAACAAUCAGUUAAUUCCAUUAUUACAAUUUGUUAAUAUAUUGUAUUUGAAGUAGCAUCAAGUGAAAAAUACUUUAGUGAAUUAUCGAUUUCGUAUAAUAUAUUUUUAGAUUAGUUUUAAUCCUUAAUUUUGGGCGCCAUUUUGUAUAUGCCGGUGGAUUUUUCGUAGAGUUGUCAAAAAUUAAGUGUUAUAAAUAAUUUUCUUUCUGUGUCAAGUUUUUUGGAUUGUUUUUUAAGCUACAUUGUUAAGCAGUAUUAAGUGAUCACGGGAUCACGUUUUACAUAAGUUUUUUCCAACAAUGAUGAUCUUUUAAAUCGAAAAAUAUGACUAUUGCAACUAGAGGACAAGGAAUUACAGAAGACAACCUUGAUUCACAGGCUCAAUCAGCAGGGCCAUCCCAACAGUCCAAUGAAGAAACACAACAGGAUAAUGCUGAACCACAAUUCCCAUGUGAUAAAUUAGCUGCUUUGGAUGAAAAGAUAUCUAAUUUAAGAUGGGUAGUUCCUGUUUUACCAGAACAGGAGCUGGAAUGCUUACUGAAGGUAUCGGUUGAACUGGCCAGAAGGAAUUUAGACACCAGAUCCGAGGCGUGUCAGAGGUUCUUCCGCGAGGGCCUCACAAUAUCGUUCACGAAAAUAUUAACAGACGAGGCCGUGUCAAGUUGGAAGGGCAACAUACAUUCGUGCAUCAAUCAAAACUGUCUAAAACUGAUCGAGUUAUGUGUGGCCAAGCUGCCGCACGACUGGUUCCCCCUAUUGGAUCUACUCGCCAUGGUCUUGAAUCCCAACAACAAGUUUCACACGUUCAACUCGUCGAGGCCGAGCGAGACGGCCGGGCCGAAUCAAAAUUUAACUGAGGAGGAACUGUUUGCCAGGCCAUCGAGUGAUCCGAGGAACCCAAGGGGAUGGCUGGUUGACUUGAUCAACAAGUUUGGGGAGCUGGGUGGAUUCCAAAUACUGUUGGACAGAUUUCAAAGUGGCAAGAAUCUCAGUGUGUCAGUGGUAUUCGCAUUGCUACGACCAUUUGGCCUCUGUUAUGAAUUUCUAACGCCACACACCAUCAACAAAUACAUCCUUCCAGUGUUGGAAAUGAUACCCGGCAUCCUGGACAAGCUGACCGACGACGAGCUGAAGCGCGAGGCGAAGAACGAACAAAAAAGCGACAUAGUAUCGGCAAUAAUAAAGGCGUCGAAAAAUCUGGCCUCGCGCGUCCCCAACCAGGAGGAGCUGAUACGCACCCUGGAGGGUUUCCGCCUAACGAUGAUCCUGCGCCAGCUCCAAAUAUCCAGCUUCAACGGCAAAAUGAACGCCCUCAACGAAAUCAACAAGGUGAUCUCCAGCGUCACCUACUACCCGAACCGGCAUCACGGCAUCGAAGAAGAGGAGUACCUGACUCCCGAGAGGAUGGCGAAAUGGAUAAACGAGAACAAGGUGCUGGAAAUUGUGCUACGUGACUCGCUGCACCAGCCCCAGUACGUGGAGAAGCUGGAGAAGAUCCUGCGUUUCGUUAUCAAGGAGAAGGCGCUCAGUCUGAGCGACUUGGACGCAGUGUGGGCCGCACAGGCCGGCAAACACGAGGCCAUCGUUAAGAACGUGCACGAUCUGCUGGCGAAGCUCGCCUGGGACUUCAGUGCGGAGCAACUGGACCAUCUGUUCGAGUGUUUCCAAGCCAGCUGGACCUCCGCCAUCAAGAGGCAGAGGGAACGGUUGCUGGAGCUAAUCAGGCGACUGGCGGAGGACGACAAGGACGGUGUUAUGGCUCACAAGGUUUUGAUGUUGUUCUGGAACUUGGCGCACGCCGAGGACGUGACGACUGAAAUAAUGGACCAGGCGCUGACCGCCCACGUUAAAAUCCUGGACUACAGCUGUUCGCAGGAACGCGACGCCCAGAAGACGGUGUGGCUGGACAAGUGCGUGGACGAGCUGAAGAACGGCGAGAUGUGGGUGUUGCCCGCCCUAAAACAGAUACGCGAGAUCUGCGUGCUGUACGAACAGAACACGAACGGCUCGCACGGACAGAGGACGCAUCACAUCUAUUACAGACAAGAGGUCAUUGAACGGCUUCAGAAUCAACAUUCUCUCGUUAUUUUGGUAACGAACAGUCUGACGGGAUACAUGGAACAUUUGAGGGCGGUCUACAAAGAAAAUCCAGAACUGACCAGUGAGACUUACGUGCCGGAUGGGCGGUACUGCCAUGCACUUCAGGUGCAGGAAAGACUGAAUUUUCUAAGAUUUUUGCUAAAAGACGGUCAAUUAUGGUUAUGCGCUGAACAAGCAAAGCAAAUCUGGCAAUGUCUGGCGGAGAACGCGGUGUUCCAAUCGGACCGCGAGGCCUGCUUCAAGUGGUUCUCCAAGCUGAUGGGAGAAGAACCGGACCUGGAUCCGGGCAUAAACAAGGACUUCUUCGAGAACAACAUACUACAACUGGAUCCAAUCCUGUUGACAGAGAGCGGCAUUAAAUGUUUUGAACGGUUCUUCAAAGCAGUCAACACUAAAGAGGGCAAGUUGCAGAUCAAAAGGCGGUCUCUAUUGACAGAGGAUCCAGACCUAAUAGGUUUGGACUAUCUGUGGAAAGUGGUCACCCUUUGCUCUGACGACAUUGCGGUCCGUGCUAUCGAUCUGAUGCGCGAGGUCAGCACCAACUUGGGCCCCAGAUUACUCCAAUCACAACUUGAAUUUCACGAGAACUACAUUACGGAGUGCUACGACAGGCUACGGGCCCACUACGACACACUCACCGUGCUGCAGAAGUCGGAGAAUGACAAAGAGUUUGAUCGCGUACAGAUCCUGAACAGGAUUAAAGCGGAGGCUGUGAAAAUGUGCAGGGUGAUGAGAGUCCUGCAUGAAUACAUUAGCGAAUGUGAUAAUUCAUUUGUCGCCGAAAGGAAGAUUUUACCACUACACAGAGCCUGCCACGGCAAACACAUGUCAUUAAUCGUCAGAUUCUCGAGUCCUAACCGACAAGUGGAGGACAUGGAGUUCUUCACCCAUUCCAACGACACUUUGAUGUCGCUUAGAAAAAACAUCCUGCGCCGGAUUAAACCGGGUGUGCACUGCAAAUUGGAGCUUUACAUAAACGGCGAGCCUCUGGACCCGGCGGACGACAGGAAGCUUCUGGCCCAGAUCCCCAUCAGGGAUAAAACCAUAAUAUCCGCCAAAGUGAUUCAAAUCAACUCGAACAUGGCCUCGUCUCAAGACAGCAGCUCGGACAGCUCCACCUCGUCGCCCCAGCACCCGUACGACGGCCCCAAUUUGGAGGCUGAGAAUUUGUUGCCCGGCGUGCUUAUGUCCAUGCAGCACACGUACGCCGAAUUUUUUUGUCAGCUGAGUGCUCUAGGCAGCGCCCUCGAGUUCCCUAUGUUGAGGGACGGUGGUCAUCUUCUCUUGCAGCUGAUGCCCUGCGACUCCGUCACCGUGGAGAAGCUGCGCACGCUGUUCAUGUCCUCGACUGAACAGAACAUCACCAUGGACUCGAUGUUUUUCAAUGCCACUCCUGCUGAGGUGCUGUACAACUUGGAGGUGCUAUACGUGAUGCUAAUGCCGGCCGUCGACUCACUUUCGGACAAGGCGUACGAGUUUCAGUACGCCUUCAUGACGUCGGGUGAGGCGCACGUUUUCCUCGAGAUGCUCACCAAAAACAACUUCAUGUCGAGUGCGGACAACGUGACGCGUCGGAGCGCCUAUCUUGUAGUGCUGAAGAUCUGCAAGCUAAUCCUGACCUCGAUCGCCCACGUCUUAGUGAGGCUAAGCGAGGAUCACACCCCUCCCGAGAACGAGCCUCUCAGCGAACACACCACCACCCCCGGUGCUUACUUAAGACAGGCUCUGCGUUCAGUUCCCAGUCACACCGAUCACUUGUUAAGACAGGUUUCUGUGAAACUGUCGCUGGCUUUGGCCCAACUGAUGGUGUCAGAAACCGGAGGCAGCAGCGGUCAGGCACAGGCCCUAUUUUCUCAAGCGUUAAAUUGGGAAUUACCCGACCUGGCCACCACGCUGGCCCUUGUAAGGCUCGUGUGGGCCGCCAGUAGCGAUAAUCUCAACGCCCUGAACGCCUCCCCCGAGGUACUGCACUCAUUGUCGGACCCAACUAAGCACAACGGUCCCGUCGAGUUGCACAACGACGACAUCCUACUAUGUAAGGAGGCACUGGAACUGCUCAGCACAGCCGUUAUUCUCAAUGCCAGCAGUUUGGAGCACUUGUACCAAGACAAUUGGUGGCCCUACUUCAUCACCGACUUGGUCCUGUUGAACCCGAGCCAAGCCAUCCGUGUCUCUGCAGCUGAACAGUUCAUUAUUAUUUGUACAUUUGGAGCAUCUAGUCGACUGGCGUUGCAACGUGUGACGCCACUCCUAUUCUCGUUGACGGACACGCUUGUACUGGAGAACGCCAACACAUCCCACGAGUUCUUUCAACUGCUCUGCAGGCUGGUUAACGUUGCUUACAUCACUGGGUGUCCCAUAUCUUCGGCCGAAACACUAUUGACAAACGAGGUCGCCUGGCUGAGGAAGGCACGUGACAAGAAUGAGGUGUUAAUAGAAGGUCACCUCAGCCUAGCUAAGGAGUUGCUGAGCUUCAUGACACCAGAGAAGAAAUGCGAAUUGGGCUCAGCCGAAUCGGGCAGCCUUAUAAGGGAGUUGCUGGAGGAUUUCCUUUUCCCCGCCAGCAAGCUAAUGUUGCACUUGAAUAAAACUGGACAACUGGCCGAGGAUCCCGCCAUUCCCAUCUGUGACACACCCCAAACCCAAGCUGCAGCAUUUGACUUGCUCAUCUCGCUUUGUUUGAACUGUGUCCAGAAUUACAAGCAGCUAGUGGCCAUGCUCACUGAGAUGUUCUACAACGAUCAGAACACGGCGAUAAUAGAGUGGGACUAUUUGCCGGCGGUCGGGCCCCGUCCCUUUCAGGGAUUCGUGGGUCUGAAGAACGCCGGCGCCACCUGUUACAUGAACUCGGUACUUCAGCAACUUUACAUGGUGGAAAGUAUUCGCGAGGGUGUUCUGGCGGCCGAAGGGGCCGCCACCGACCCCCACGAAGACUUCACAGGUGAAGAACGCAGCGACACGGACGGCGAAUGUGGCGGCCAUCACACCGGUCCGCAUCACCAGCACGACGAGCGGUGCGGCAUGAGCGACGGUGGUGGCAACGACGGGCGGAAGGACUAUCACGUCGGCAUACUUAAACAAGUCCAAGCAAUAUUUGGUCACUUGGCUUGCUCGCGCCUUCAAUAUUAUGUGCCUAGAGGACUUUGGAGACAUUUUAAGCUUCAAGGUGAGCCUGUUAACUUAAGGGAACAACAAGACGCUGUCGAGUUUUUUAUGUCGUUGGUCGAGAGUCUUGAUGAAGCUUUAAAAUCGCUAGGACACGAACAAAUAAUGUCCAAAAUAUUGGGCGGUUCUUUUUCGGAUCAGAAGAUCUGCAAGGGCUGUCCGCACCGUUAUUCCAAAGAAGAACCAUUUAGUGUUAUUAGUGUAGAUAUUAGGAAUCACAGUAGUCUGCCCGAAUCUAUGGAGCAAUAUGUUAAAGGUGAAUUAUUAGAAGGUGCUGACGCAUAUCACUGCGAGAAAUGCGCAAAAAAAGUGGUAACAGUUAAACGGCUGUGCGUGAAGAAACUGCCGCCAAUCCUGGGCAUCCAACUGAAACGAUUCGAGUACGAUUUCGAGCGCGUGUGCGCCAUCAAGUUCAACGACUACUUCGAGUUCCCGCGCGAACUCGACAUGGAACCGUACACCGUAUCCGGACUGGCCAAAAUCGAGGGAGAGAUGAUAGACUGCGACCUGGAUCCGAGUGCGAGCGAGACCUGCACGAAGUACCGACUCAGCGGCAUCGUGGUUCACUCCGGUCAAGCUUCCGGUGGGCACUAUUACUCUUACAUUAGGCACAGGGAGCCCUCUGGCGAGGUCAGGUGGUAUAAAUUCGACGACGGCGACGUUUCAGAGUGCCGGAUGGGCGAGGACGAGGAAAUGAAGGUGCAAUGUUUUGGCGGGGAUUACAUGGGCGAGGUGUUCGAUCCGAUGCUCAAGCGGCCAACUUACAGGCGACAGAAACGUUGGUGGAACGCCUACAUGCUGUUCUACACACGUCACGACGUCGAAGUCGAAGCCCUAACCAACGCUUUGAAGCAAAUGGCACUCGCUGGCAGAAAGGACCCAUUAUUACGAGGCGUCGUUGAUGAGUCGCUCAGUAACUUUUCCCUGUCAGGUAGAAGGGAACCCAGCUUGAAGAUGCCCGUGGCGAUAGAAAACAGCAUUCGGAAGCAGAACAUUAAAUUCUUGCACCACCGCAGCCAGUUCUCGAUUGAAUACUUCAACUUCAUCAAGAAGCUGACCGGCUGUUCGCAGGUGAAUACACGUCAUAGUCAGAUUCCGUCACCAGACGUCAUCGAACAACAAAACCUACUCAGUGUUCAACUAGUCAGUAAUUUUCUAUUCCACACCGGGUGGCACACGAAAAAGAAUCUCCGUGGACCCGCCAUUGAUUGGUGUGACAUCUUGUGCGUUCACCUGCGCACGUCGGCGGCGAUCCGCGCCUGGUUCGCCCAUCACGCUCUCUUCAAUCACCCGCGCCGCUUCUGCGAGUACCUUCUGGCCUGUCCCAGCAACGAGGUGCGUACCGCUUUCAUGAAGAUCGUCGUGCUGCUGGCCCACUUCAGCAUCAACGACCCGCCGGCACCUUGUCCCGCCGUCCUCGGCAACGCGGCCGACACCAGCUCCAAUCUGAGUGACCACAUACUGUGGGCAUUGCUGGCCCUCCUGCAGAAGGAGGUCAGCGACCACGGGCGCCACCUACCCCACUACUGCCAGGUGUUCCACAUGUACGCCAAUCAAGGUUUGCAAGAGAAGGCCCAACUGUUGAAGAUGAACGUGCACGCCACGUUCAUGUCCGUGGCGUUGGACGAAGGUCCCGGGCCCGCCAUCAAGUACCAGUACACGGAGUUGGGUAAACUUAAUCUGCUUGUGUCGUGCCUGGUGAGAUGCUGUGAUGUAAGCUCCAAAUGCCAGUCGAGCAACGGCAAUCCGCCUCUACCUAACCCGUAUGCGGAUCCCACUUGUCCCGAUUAUAUUAUGCCCAUUUCGCCACAAGCUGCCGAAAUUCUAUUCAAUAGGACUGGGUACGUGAAAAAGGUAAUCGAAGACACGAACAUGACCGAAGAGGCGAUCAAAUUAAUCCAGUUCUGCUCGUGGGAAAACCCGCACUUCUCACGUACAGUACUCUCCGAAUUGCUGUGGCAGAUCGCCUUCGCUUACUGCCAAGAACUGCGGCACCACAUCGACAUCCUGCUGUCGGUGCUGCUCAUCGAAGACACAUGGCAAACGCAUCGCAUCCACAACGCCAUCAAAGGCGUGCCGGACGAACGGGAGGGCCUGUUGGAGACAAUCUCCCGUGCCAAACUCCACUACCAGAAAAGGGCGUACCAGUGUAUCAAAUGCAUGGUGGCGCUGUUCAACAAGUGUCGCGUUGCACAGUUGAUGUUGAUGAGCCACGCAGACUUGAGGCGUUCCUGGACGGCGGCAGUGAACUGGCUGCAAGACGAAUUGGAGCGCAAGUACCCGGCCAAUCCGCAGUACGGCGGCUACAACAGCACCUGGUCACCGCCAGCCCAGAGCAACGAGAACUCCAACGGCUACUAUUUGGAGAAGUCGAACAGUGCCCGUAAGACGCUCGAGCGUGCCCUGGAGCUGAUGCCGGAAACGGAACGCGAAGAAGACGAGGCCAGUGAAGAGCAGGAGUCGCAAGAAGACACAUCCACGGAGACAACGCCUCCGGUUACGGCCGCGCCCGCCGCCCAAACUCAGGCGGACGAAAACAAUAAGGGCGAAUUGCCGGACGUAACGCAGAGCUGCGAACCCAACACCUAGGGUACCACUCUGCACGUCCCGUCGUCCACCUCGCACGACCCAACUUUCAAUAUUGAUUCCUCGGCCGCAUCUUCUGUGAAUAUUAUAUAUAUAUUUGUAUAUGAUCAUGCAUUGCCUUUAGAAAAAAAAUAACAAAAAAAAAAACGAACGUACUCGACACACAUAGAAUGGGGAAGUCGCCAAGCUGUGCGUCCCCCUGAGUUACGGCAAACUGUGGGUUCACUGGGCACUUGGAUACCACACUGAGUAGAAUCAAAAGUAGUGCAGGGUGAGUUUUAGCUAUGAUUUGUGUGGGUGGUUCAACUCUUUAACCAUUCAGUAAAACAUGUUGAUCCGUGUGAUAUUUCGUAUGUAGUUUGUUGCCAUAACCAGGGGGUAACUAACAUAGUAGAUUGUCUGCUGGCGUUUGUCACACAUUAAUAAACAAGUAAAGAGAAUCUGGAAAUUUGUGAACUGAACUUUGUACCAUGCUGCUUUGGAAACCCACUUUGUAUAUUUAUCUAUUUAUUUAAGAGGGACAUGUGAUAUGUAUGUAUAUAAACAUAAACUGACGCAUUUUCUGAAUUUUUAUAUUGACCGGAAUGCAUUUGUGCUAACGUUCCUGAUUUCUUUCGUAAACAGUCCCCUUUCUUUACUAUUACUUAGAAUAUAAAAAAUUGAAUCGCUCGAAAAAUGUGAAUGUUAUUACUGACUGUAAAAAAAUUGUUUUGUUAAGUAAUUACAUGCUACAAUCACAUGUUCAACAGUGCUAAGCAUCGAGUCAGCACAGUAAUUUCAUUAAUAUAUUUCGAGGGUUUUACUAGAUAGAUGAACAGUUUGUCUUAACAUAAAUUUCAAUGUAAAUAUCUAGCAAAAUGAUCUUUAUGCUAUUAAUUAUUAAUGUUUACUUUUGUGAUAAUUUUGUAAUAUAAUUCCUCUUUGCAACCAAGUCAUAACGAAAUUUAACUCGUUUUAGUUGUAUUAUUAUAAUCGUUAGAAAUUUUUAAUUCCUUUGUAUAUACUACUAGUGGUUCAUUCACACAUAAUUUUAAUUACACAAUAAAACUGUGUUAUAUUUAUAUUAUAAAAAAAUUAAUGUAUAUAAUUUUAUUUUUAAUCAAUAUUGUUGUUAUAAAAAUCUGUUAAAUUUUGUUAUGACUUUCACCGAAUCAAAUGACGACAACAGCUGUGUUUCAUAAAAAGGGCACAUUUAUUUAUUUAAUUAAUCAUGUGGCGUUAAUGUUCACUCAAAUGAAAAUUCCCUCACUAUUUAUGUUGUGUAUUUUGUAGGUUUAGCUAUUGAGGGAAUUUAUAUACUUAUACUGAAUGAAAGUGUCUUUUUCUUUUAAAUGUGUCUCAUUUAACAUAUUGCUUAAACAUAAGCUUAUACAAUUGUUUGUAUUAUAAUUUAUGAUAAUUAUAAUAAAAAAAUAAACUCUUUUAAAUUUUGAA